AUGAUCACUAAAUUCAUGACCGAGAUCUCGACCAAGUUCAACCCUUUCUCGCCCACUGCUCGAUCUGCGCGACUGUUCCUCUCCCUCCUCCCGCCGAAUGCGCGACAGACGAUCCAGAUAAAGACGACUCUUCUACCACGGACUUCAAAAGAACCUAGCUCCCUCAGCGUCAAGUUCAAGGAUGGCAAGGAAAUGAACCUCGACUGCGAAAAGCUCGGUAUUAAGAGUCUUACGGAGGAAGUCGACCGGCACUCACGAAAGCUCCAGAAGCAAGCGGAUCUGACGGAUGGUUGA